AUGUCUCCAAUAGAAUCUCUAAACAAGGUGUUUGAAAGAGUUGGGGGAAAUCAGAAAUACAUCAUUGAUGAUGACGAAGAUGGAACAAUGGAGAUGGAGCAAAUUGGGGCUGAGAGGACAAAAAAUGUCCUAAUUCUCAUGAGCGAUACAGGUGGGGGCCACAGAGCUUCGGCUGAGGCCAUUCGUGACGCAUUCCAGCUCGAAUAUGGAGAUCAGUACAGAAUAAUUGUGAAAGAUGUGUGGAAAGAGUACACGGGUUGGCCGUUGAAUGACAUGGAGGGACAGUACAAAUUCAUGGUUAAACACGUCCAGCUUUGGAAAGUUGCAUUUCACGGCACUUCCCCUAAAUGGAUACACUCUGCCUAUCUUGCUGCAAUUGCCGCUUAUUAUGCAAAGGAGGUUGAGGCAGGUCUAAUGGAGUACAAACCGGAUAUCAUAAUCAGCGUCCACCCUCUCAUGCAGCACAUCCCUUUGUGGGUCCUCAAAUGGCAAGGCCUUCAGAAGAAGGUCAUUUUCGUCACUGUCAUCACAGACCUCAAUACUUGCCACCGCACGUGGUUUCAUCCAUCUGUAAACCGAUUGUACUGUCCCUCAGAGGAGGUUGCAAAGAGGGCUUUGCUUGACGGUGUUGACGACUCUCAAAUUCGUAUCUUUGGCCUCCCCAUUCGCCCAUCCUUCUGCCGUGCAGUAUUAGUCAAGGAAAAAGGGAAUGUUCCAUUUGUUGUGGAAAAUGGAGCGGGUGUUUUCACGAGAAGCCCGAAGGAGACAGCAAGAAUUGUGGCUGAGUGGUUUAGUAGCAAUACAGACGAACGCAUGAGAAUGUCCGAGAAUGCCCUCAAGCUUGCACAACCAAAUGCGGUUUUCGACAUUGUUAAGGACAUUCACGAGCUGGCAUGCCAACGGGGACCCUUAUUUAAUGUGCCUUACAUGCUGACGUCAUCUUUCUCAAGCUUAAUAUACUAG